AUGGAAGCCCAGCUGAUUGCUGCCAACCUUCAAAUUAGAACACAAGGAUCACUAGCAGGGAAUACUGACGUUCCUUCAACAACCUCGCCAAAAGUAGCACCUAUCUCCCCUUCAGAGCAAAUCAAAUCUGUCACCUUAAGAAGUGGGAAAGCCACAGCACAACCCACAGUUCAACCAAAGGAAAAGGAACAGACUGAAGCAUCUGAAGUAGCCCCAAAAGCACAACAACAAUCACCAGUCACAGAUGAACAGAACCCAGAACCUGAAAAGGAAGCCAACAACCAACCAAUCAGUCCAACUCAAAGCAGGCAAAUAUCAACAAAAAUUUUGUUCCCUCAAAGAACAAAAAAGCAACAGGAGGAUAAGCACUUUGGAAAGUUCCUGGACAUUUUAAAACAACUUCACAUCAACAUUCCUCUGGUGGACGCACUAGAACAGAUGCCCAGGUACGUAAAAUUCAUGAAAGAUGUCCUCUAA